UUCCCACCCUGCAGGUGUCACCGGAGAUUCCGAAAACCCUGAGGAGCCCGACUCGGCAGGACCUGCUCACCUUCCUCCUCCCCCCCUUACUGCAGCAGGGCUGCGGAGGGGACAGGCCCGCAUAAAAACCGGCACUGACGCCCCCUCCCACGCUACUGAGAGACGCGCUGAGAGCGGACUGCUCUCCAGCUGCUCCUCAGCGAGAAAAACCUGCCAGAUUUUUUGGGGCUUCUUUUGCGAUGUAGCUGGGUUUAAAAUGGCUUGACAGCAACAACUCUUUUAAAGCCUUUGCGCUUUUCUGACUAGAGAAGUUCCGCGGCCGCGGGGCAGGGCAGGAGGCUCGCAAGCCCCGAGGCCAAGCGCUGGGAGGGCCCCGGCGGGGGGGGGCGGGGGGGGCGGGCUGGGCAGGAGCCAGCUCGCCCGCUCUCCGGCAGCGGUGCGGCGCUCAGCUCCGCAGUCGCGCCCCCGGCUGCUUUCCCCCGACCGGCUUUGUCCCACUGCGCGGCCCCGCUAGCGGGGAUGCCGCCUCCUUCCCACCGGGUGUGGGGCCGGCAGCGCGCAGGGCCCCGGGGCGGGGAGGGCCGGGGCCCUGACUCAGCACUUCGGGCGGGCACGGCCGGUUCGUGGCUGGCCGGGAAAUAAAGAGCGCCGCGCCGCCCCUAGAACAGCUGUCGGAGAGGGAACGGGGUCGGAGAUCGGGUGAGAGGUUCUGACCUGUGACUGAGGGACAGGACACAAUUCAGGAUUCCUGGGUUCUGUCAAACCUUGUUUCCUAACCGGGCAUCUGGACUUCAGGAGUAUAUUUUCUAUCUGCUUCUGAACACAAAAAUGCAACAGUCUCUUCUCUGUGUCCCCAUAUGCUAUGAUAUCCUCUGUAGUUUAUCUGCUGAGCUGUCCUCCCAGAAGCUUCAACGUCUUCGGUUUCAGAUGUUCUGUGUCUACUUUGAUUCCCUGAUUUUUUUUUUUUCUUGUGCUCCCUCAUGUGGAAAGCUUUACUGCUUCCAGCUGAUGUAAACGAAAGAUUAAACACCUUCCUGCCCAUUUGGGCAGAAGGCACUGAAGUACCUUUUUACCCAUAUAAUCUUCCACAGGCAAAAAAAGAACUCCCUAGGCUACAUGGAAGAAGUUGGUGUAGUUGAAGGGUGAAGUUUCUAUUAAACUUCAGUAAGAUUGAGUUGCUUUGCAGAGCUUAUUUAGAUGGAGCACUAUUACAUUUUAGCUGACAUUUACUUACAAGGGAGGCUUUAGGGUCUUCCUAUGCAGAAUGUGAAACACGGUCUGGUAGCAAGAUAUGACUGGAAGUAGACGGAUAUUCCACAGCUUCAGCUUGGGUGUCAGGCUUGUAACAGAGGAUCACCUCCCUGCUACAGCCAGAGAAGAAUGAGCCCUUGGACUGCAGAUCAAGAAAUAUGUGUGAACCACUGUGCUCUUUCCACUGAGAAUGGCAAUAAGUUACCGCAGGGACUCUUCCCACCCACAAUUGAGAGGAGCAAAGAUCUGAAUGUGGAAGAUGUUUGAAAGAAAUAGAAGAAAUUAAGAGACCUGUUGAGGUUGUCUAGCCCAGUUUUCUGCUCAGACCAGGGCUAACUUCAAAUCUAGACUGGGUCGUUCAGAGCAUCUGCCAAAUCUGGUCUUUGUUGUAGUCUUGCGUUUGGAGAAGGAAGCAGAGAGACUGUUGGUUCCAGCAACAUGGAGAAUGAUGUCAGCUUGAAGUUCCGUCAGCAGCUUCUGCUCAUUGAUGAAAAUCUGGGAGCUGAAGAUGUAGCAGCUUUAAAAUUUCUCUGUACUGACUUGCUCCCCUUCAAAAAACUAGAAAGUGUGAAGUCAGCAGUGGACAUCUUUCAGCUUCUCAUGGCUGAAGAAUAUCUGAAUGAGAAAGAUACUUUCCUUCUAGCUGAACUCUUAUACAGAAUUAAAUGUCACUCCUUGCUCAAGAAACUUGGUUAUACCAAGGAGAAAGUGCAGGAAUAUCUGCAUGAGAAGGGAAGAGUGUCUCCAUACAGGCAGAUGCUGUAUGAAUUGUCAGAGAACAUUACCAAUGAGAUGCUGAAAGAUAUCAUAUUCCUCCUGCAAAACUGUCUUCCAAAGCGACGGAUGACACUUUCUGCUCUGGACUUGCUGAUUUUAUUGGAAAAACAGGGCCUUUUAACUGAAAACAAUGUACAGGUGCUGGAGGAAGUCUGUAUGAAUGUUUCACCUCAUCUCCUGGAAACCGUAAACUGCUACAAAAGGGCAAAAGUGCUUCUGCCUCAGCAGGAGAACCCUCUGCCAGUCAAGGAAUCUUCACUGUCUCAUACUGGAGACAUCAGAGGAUUCCCUUCCCCACAGGAGACCUCAAUCAAAUCUGUUGGUUCUAAUAUCAAUGAUAACAAAGCAGCUAAUCUUACACAAGGCUUCUCUGAAAUGAACCUGGAGCUGCCUGGAGAAUUCAGCAAUGUAGAAAAUGAAUCCAAGAACAUCGCAAGCUACAAAAUGGAUGGACCACACAGAGGAUUUUGCCUUGUUAUUAAUAAUGUUAACUUUGGUAGCUCUCUUCAGGAGAGGAAGGGUUCUUGCAAAGAUGCCGGGGAACUGGAGCGAGUAUUCACAUGGCUUGGUCUGGAUGUGAGGACAUACAAAGAUCUGACAUCUUGGGAGAUUAAAAAUCUCAUGCAAACUUGGCAGCGUUUGCAAGACCACAAAGACAGGGACUGUUUUAUAUGUUGUAUUCUAUCUCAUGGAGAGUCAGGAGCGAUCUAUGGGAAAGAUGAGCAACUUGUAUCAAUCCGCACGAUCAUGUCCCACUUCACUGCCAAACGGUGUCCACAGCUGGCUGAAAAACCCAAACUCUUCUUUAUCCAAGCAUGCCAGGGAAAAGAGAUACAGCGUCCUGUCUAUGUUGAAGCUGAUGCACGAAUUCCUGACUUGCCUUCCAUGCAACAGAGCAUUUCUCCUUCUGAAAGUAUUCCUGAAGAGGCUGAUUUCCUCCUAGGCAUGGCCACAAUUGACGGAUAUGUCUCCUUCCGGCACGUUGAACAGGGUGCUUGGUAUAUUCAGGCCCUGUGCAGCAAGCUAAAGUUGUUGGUACCAAGGGGUGAAGAUAUUUUGUCAAUUCUUACAGAAGUUAAUGAAGAUGUGGGCAGACGUGUUGACCGCUGGGGGACAAAGAAGCAGAUGCCCCAACCAGCAUAUACCUUAAGAAGAAAAUUUAUAUUCCCAAUACCUAGAGACCCUCCUCCUUCACAGCAACAUUGAGGCUUUUAAAACACAUCCUUUUGUCAGUACGUCUCAUUUAAAUGCAAUUCACCUCACUACCUGUUUUAAGGCAGUUACCCAGAAUCCUGAGGAACUUCUGGCUUCAUAAGGACUCAUAAAAUUUUUGCCAAACAAACUGUGAAACUGGAGGAAGCACAAUUAAAAUAAUCCACGUGCCAGCUAUUUACAUCAUCUCUGUAUAUACAUUUAUAUUUACAUUAUCUAUGUAUUCAGAGUUAUCAGGGCUGGGAGAGCAUGCUUCUGUUAUGUUAAACAUUUUUGUACCUGCACUGACUGCGGAUAUAAAAGUGUUUUUCUGACAGCAUAAGUGUUGCAUUGUAGCCUUCCAUAUCUAAACCGGUAUUGUUAAUGGUCUGCUUUAGGCUCAUUGUGUUUUAUUUUGCAGGCUAAUAAGUCUAAAUCCUGCCUCUAAAUGCACUAGCUGUGUUAACAGAGAAAGACAAAGGUGGGAAUGAAGAGGAGAAAGCUUAAGUAGUCCUGGAAAAGGAUUUCUUCCAUCUCUAACUUAAUUUAAAUUAUAUUUAACUUAAUGAAGAACCAGUUAACUAUUGAAAUCAGUAAUUUGUUCCACAGUCCACACUGAUACCAACUAAUGGCUAACAUAAACCUCAUGUAAAAUGAGAUCUUUCCAAAACUGAGUAAAGCCAAAACACUGUGUAGUAUUCCCUCUGUGAAACCUUGUGAACCUGUGUCAUUUCCUCAUCACUUAUGGGAAGAAAAGUUAGGGUAGAAGAUUUGCAUGCUAUAAAAUCUGGCAUUCAGCAGUGUAUCAGUAUAGGUUUAUCAGAUUGAUUAACUUCAUUAAGCAUUAAAUUUUCUGAUUAUCAUUUCUUGUAUUGAUAUCUAAAAUGCAGUCAUAUGAGAAACAAGGUUCCUAGUUGAUUAAGCUUCUAACAGAGCAUUUUUUGAGUUAACUGAAAUGUCAUGUGGUUUUCUUAUGAGCAUUUACUAUAUAUAUCUGUGUCCUUCCUGUUUGUUACGGCAUUAAAUUUGUACUUCUUUUUAAGAGCUUGGUGAGAUAAAAAUUACGUACUGGGGUAAGGCUUAUCCUUGUUUCUGACUGGCCCCUGCACUUUGCUGGGCUGCAUUUAUCAGUGGGGUUUUAACUGCCUCAGGGUUUAAACUGAAGUGAAACUUAGUUUAUUUCAGCAAAACAGUGAUUGUUAUAUAUAAUUACCAGCCAUAAGUUAGGGCAAAGAUUUGAGAGUGUACUGUCUAGUGCUGUUGGAUGCUAUUUUUGGCUUGCACUCUGCAGGAUUUUUAGGAGGGGAGUUUUGCAUCACACAGAGCAUUGAAAUGCAGCUAGUUUGCCAAAACAUAACGGUCACUUUCUUGUGAUGAAUUGGUAGUUGUGUGACCCAUCACAUUUUGAGUCUUCUGAGUUAGUAUGGCUGCCACACUUGAAGUCAUAUUUGUGCCACAGAUAGAAAAUGUUUUGACUGUUAGUAUAUAACAUAUUGUAAUAGAAUCGUGAAGCUUCUGGCUCACAACUACCAUUCAGACCUGGUGCACUCUUGUUUUGUAUGUUUAGGUAACAAUUGAACUUUUUUCAGUAUGGAGUAAACACAACCAUUUUGA